AUGACAAAUCCAAGUGUCUUAGACCUUACUUUAGCCACAGAUUCAGUAUCUCCCUAUAUCACUGAUUGGCAAGUCCUCCCGGAUCUUGGAUCAGAUCACUUAAGCAUUCUCUUUGAAGUAAAGGGCACUUUAUCCCGUACAACGAAUAUAGCUCAGCCAGCAAGAUUCAAUACAAAACUUGCGGAUUGGGAAAAAUUCGCGAAUACCCUCAAAUCGAAAAUAUCGACAUCAACCACCUUAAAUUCGAGUGAAUACCUUAACAUCGCUACCUCAGAGUCCAACUCUCUUGAUUCCCUUCUCGACAAGAGCCAAUACAUACAAGUAUUGGAUGAAGCUGCAAAAGAAUUCACCCGAAUAAUCACUUAUUCGGCUGAAACCAGUAUACCGAGAAUCAAGUCCACAAAAAGAGCUAAACCCUGGUGGUCCCCAGAGCUGAAAGCCCUUCGAAAACGACUCUCUAAUGCAUUUGAGAACGCCAAGAUUUACCCGGAAGACGAUAUGUUCAAGAAAAUCUACCAGUCAGCCAGGAAUCAUUACUUCCAAGCUAUUAAAACAGCAAAGAAAAACCAUUGGAAUGAGUUCCUUGAAAAAGAGGAUACCCAAUCCAUAUUCAAGGCAAUGUCAUACACAAAAGAUAUACAAACCGAACGAAUCCCGAAUAUUCGAUCCAAUCCCUCUAAACUAGAAAAUUCUUUCGAGGGAAAAUGCUCUGCAUUUAGAUCGACCCUAUUUCCUCCUCCUUCAUUCACCCCACCGCCCAAUUGGGAAAGCUAUAAACAAUCUAAGAAAUGGGAAUAG